AUGGGUCUCAACGACACCUACGACGUCGAGAAGCGCGCGCAGAGCACGACUGCAGAGGGCUUGACGAAGCACCAUGGCAAGCUCAUGGCUGAAGACGGCGCCGUGCCGGGCGACACUUUCGAGAUCGGCGACAGCUGGUAUGCGAAGACGCAGAGGUUGGCAGGCCGAUUAAAGAUCGAGCAGCGAGGUAUUGAGAGAGUGCCUGAAGACGAGAGGGAGGACAAUGGGUUCAAAGCGCUGCUCAACACGAUGACUAUGUGGCUCUCAGCAAACAUGGUCGUCUCCUCCUUCGCCAUUGGCGUCCUCGCGCGCAGCAUCUGGUACAUGGGCGUCGCGGACGCCAUGCUCGUCGUCCUCUUCUUCAACCUCCUCGGCGUGACACCCGUCUGCUACUUCUCCACCUUCGGCCCACGCUUCGGCCUGCGCCAAAUGGUCCUCUCCCGCUUCUGGUUCGGCUGGUACGGCGUCAAGCUCAUCGCCGUCUUCAACGUCCUCGCCUGCAUCGGCUGGAGCGCCGUCAACUCCAUCGUCGGCGCCCAGCUCAUCCACACCGUCAACCCGGACGUCCCUGGUUACGCCGGCAUCCUCAUCAUCGCCUUCUGCACCUUCCUCGUCACGCUGUUCGGAUACAAAGUCGUGCACGCCUACGAGUUCUGGUCAUGGCUCCCAGCGGUAAUCAUCUUCCUCAUCACCCUCGGCGUCUUCGCACACAGCGGCGACUUCGUCGCCAUCCCAUGGGGCGUAGGCAAAGCCGAGCUCGGCUCCGUCUUAUCCUUCGGCGCGACGGUCUACGGCUUCGCGACGGGCUGGACCAGCUACGCAGCAGAUUACACCGUCUACCAACCCUCCACCCAGUCCCGGCGCAAAGUCUUCCUCUUCACCUGGCUCGGCCUCAUCAUCCCCCUCCUCUUCACCGAAAUGCUCGGCGUCGCCGUCAUGUCCGCCACCUUCCCCAACGACGGCGAUAACCGCUACCAGCGCGGCUACACCGCCUCCGGCACGGGCGGACUGCUCGGCGCGGUCCUAAUCUACCACUUGGGAACCUUCGGCAAGUUCUGCCUGGUAGUGCUAGCCCUCACGAUCAUCGCCAACAACUGCCCCAACAUCUACUCCAUCGCCCUAACCGUCCAAGUCCUCGCGCGCUGGACCGCGCGCGUGCCGCGCUUCAUCUGGACCGGCAUAGGCACGGGCGUGUACAUCGCCAUCGCCAUCCCGGGGUACUCCCACUUCGAAGAAGUCCUCGAGAACUUCAUGAAUUUCAUCGGAUACUGGCUCGCGAUCUACGAGGGCAUCUCGUUGACCGACCACUUCGUGUUCAAACGCGGUAUGUCAGGUUACAAGCCGGAGAUCUACGAGCGGCCGGAGUUGUUGCCGCCGGGGAUCGCGGCGGUGGGGGCUUUCUGUGUUGGAGUGUGCGGGAUGGUGUUGGGGAUGAGCCAAGUGUGGUUUGUAGGACCCGUGGGGUUGGCGGCGGGUGAGCAUCCGUUUGGAGGGGAUGUGGGGUUUGAGUUGGGGUUUGCGUUUGCGGCGACGAGUUAUUUGUGUUUUAGGACGGUGGAGUUGAAGUUCUUUGGCCGGUAG